AUGACUGCUAUUACACAAGUUACAAAACCAUUGGCAACCACCACACCAGAAGCUUUAAUUGCUGCUCAGAUGGUUACACCUCAAAGAAUCACGAAUCUAUUGAUUGAUAAAGGACCUCUUGCGAUUCGUCAUAUCACGCAAGCUUUAGCCAUCGAUAUCCCUCAUUUCAAAGAAUUAUCCUCGUCUAAACAAAGAAGAUUGAUUAUGAGUGCCCUAGAGUCUGGUGAUGUGGAAAAUUUUGUUAUAUUUAAAAAGAUCGGUUGGGGUAAUUGGUCUGCAAGAAGAGUGCCACAAGUUGAGUUUGUUAAAUUAAGAGAUUUAACAAAUAUUGAAAAUGCUAAAGUUAAUGACAUUACACAUUCCAAUGCUAAUACAAGUACAAAUUCAAAUUUGAAAAGUAUUGCCAAAAAUUCUUCUACCAAGCUCAUUGAACCAACAAAUACUACUUCUGCUCCUACUUCUACUAAUAAAAAGCCUCAUUUACUAAAUUCAAAUUCAAAUUCAAAUAGUAUUCCUAAUGAAAUUAAUCAAAAUAAAAUUCAUUUGAUUACUAAAAAUAGAAGUUCCAAUAACCAACAAUUACCUAAAUUAGAUUUGGAUUCUCAAAUUAAUAAUGAAUUCCAAUCUAAUAAUAAUACGUUUAAAUUUCCGAAAUUUAAUAAUCGGAGAUCAAUAGAUGCUACUUUCCAUUCUUCAUAUUUGGAUAAAUUGACAAGAGAUUCUAAAAGAAGAAAGUCUGAAUCAGAACCUUUAAAUAGCAUUAGAGACGAUGAUCAGACUACUUCAAAUAAUAAUAAUAUGAUUAUAAAUUCCGAUUAUAGUGAUAAUGAUGAAAUACAGAAUUUAUACCCAAGAGUUUCCCCCAUAUACACUGUUAAAAAUUCAAGAAGAGGCUCCUCCAUUAUUUAUUCAGAAGAUUUAUUGGUUAGCAAAUUAAAUCAAGUUAAACAAAAUCAAGAAUCUUUUGAAAAAAUGAAACAAGAAAAUGAUCCAAAUAAAUUAAUUUUUUUAGAAUCAUUUGAAUUUAAACCUACAAAUAGAAGAUUAUCUUUACCAAUAAAUUUCCCAAGUUCUAAUUUAAAAUAUCAUGAAAUUAUUAAUUCAAAUGAAAAUAUUUUGAAAAGAAACAAUUCAAACCCAAUUCAAAUUAGACAAACCAAUAACAACAACAACAACAACAACAACAAGAUAAACAAUUCUUUAUUACCGAAUGAAUCAUGCAUUAGAUCCACUUUAGUUUUACCAAAUCAUUCUCCAAAACUAUCCAAUACUGGGUCCCCUAAGAAUUAUAUAUAUGAUAAUUCUAAAAUUUUAAAUUCUUUUAAAACUUUUAAACUAAAUGCUUGUUCACCUACUAAUAAUACUUUAAUGAAUACUAAUAAUAUUAAUAAUGGAAGUGAUUUUUCUUUACAAAAAAUUUCAAGCAAUUUACAAAGUCAUUCAUCUUCACCAAAUAAUAAAAUAAGCUCAAUUUCUUCUUCCAUGUCAGAUACUGAAGAAGAAGAUUGGCAAUCCAUUGGUGCUGAAAAUAUGAGAAACUAUAAAACUUUAAAUCCAUUGAAAAAUAUUGAAAAUAAAGCAAAAGAAAAUAUAUCUACGAAUAAAUUAAAUUCAAACAUUCAUAAUCAACUAUCACAAAACAACCCUACCUUAGAAGAAAAUGAUGCUGCUAUUUUAUUGUUAGGUUUAAAACCACAAUAA